AUGCCUGUCGCAAUUGUCACCGGAGCUGCAUCGGGAAUCGGCCUCGCCCUCACCAAGCACUUCCUCGAGGCCGGAUGGAAGGUCACGAUGGCGGACAUGAACGUCGAAGCCGGCACCAAGCUCGCCGCCGAACUCGGCCCGUCCGCGUUCUUUAAAAAGGCUGACGUCUCGUCCUGGGACGACCAGGCCGCUCUCUUCCGCGAGACGUUUGAGAAGUUUGGGUCGAUCGACUACGUUGCCGCCAACGCCGGAAUCGACGACCGUCAGCUUCUCUACGAGGACGUUUAUGAGACCGUCGACGGCGUUCAGGUCCCCGUCAAGCCCAACUUGAAGACGAUCGAGGUUGACUUGAACGGCCCGAUCUACAGCUUGUGGCUCGCUGUCUUCUACUUUAGACGAAACCCGGCUGGAAAGAAGGGCAAGGUCGUCAUUACUGCCUCCAACGCUGGCUUAUAUCCUUUCCCCACCAACCCCCAGUAUGCCUCAUGCAAGCACGCCAUCGUCGGCCUUGUUCGCUCCGUCGCUCCCAUCUUCAUCAAGGAAAACAUCACAGUAAACUGCAUCUGCCCCGCGUUCGUCGAGACCAACCUCGCGCCCAAGGACCUCCUCCGCCGCAUGCCUCGCGAGCACGUCACCCCAAUGUCGACCGUCCUCCGUGCGUUCCAGAGCUUUGCUGACGACGACGCGCUCACGGGCCAGGCUGCAGAGUGCUCGCUUGGCGACAUCUUCUACAGACCUGUCUUGCCUUACCCGAAUGAGAGUGAGAGAUGGAUGUUUGAGGAGAGCCACAAGAUCUGGGAGGCGGGAUAUAACCAGAGCUAG